CAUUACAUUAUUUCAGUUUAAUCUUGCCAACAUUGUAAUUUGUAUUCUACUGUAGUUGUCGGCGACUUUUUUAAGAACAUUUCUAACGAAAUAUAUUUUAUCUCUUAAAACAUGUCUACUUUCACUCAAUUUUUAUUGAUAACUUUUUGUGUUAUUGCCGCAAUCUCAGCAUAUGAAGAUACGGAUAUCGUAUCGGCACGGAUUGAGACAUGUCGAGGUUGUUCUUUAAACCGGCUUCCGGAAGUGAAGAGAUUCGUAAUGGACGACGCCCCACAUUUUGAGCGUCUAGAAGUUAAGUUUAUCACUGGGGCUCCUCCUGAAUUAAUUCUCCUCGGAAAUGGUGAUAAGGAGUUGGAGAGGAUACCACUGUCAAACUUGAGUCGUCAAGAAUGUAAUGAUCUUGUAAAGAGCAAGGGAUUCAUCAAGAGGAAUGACAAAGAGGAGUUCUAGGGUUUGUAAUCAUAUUGCCGUUUUUAAUUAAACAUUCCUCAAUAGUUUGUAUUAAGAAGAAUAUGACGUAAUAAAAUAUUCUUUAUUAUAUAAAAG